UAGACCUUUGUCAGAUAUGUGAUUUGCAAAUAUUUUCUCCCAUUUUGUGCGUUAAUCUGUUUACUUUCUUGAUAAGGUGCUUUGAAAUACAAAAGUUUUAAAUUUUUAUGCACUCUGAUUCAUCUGUUUUUUCUUUGGUUGCUUAUGCUUUCAUGUCGUAUCUAAGAAACCAUUGCCUAGCAUGGUCAUGAAGAUCCACCCCUGAGUUUUCUUCUAAGUGUUUUAUAGUUUUUGUUCUUAUGUUUAGGUUUAAGAAGAAAUUUAACUUCAAAAUUGGUCUUAGCUUCACCCUAAAACCAUUUUGGACUGGCAGGCAUCAUUGCCUUUUUUUGUGUGUGUAACUUUGCUUUCUUAAAGUUUUGUUUUGUUUUUUAGUUUAUUUAAAUCUAUCCAUCUUUGUACCUAGACCAGAGUGAUAACUGCAUUUCCACUUAGAGUAGCACUUGAUAAGUUGCUGGGAUUGACAUAAACGUGGUCAUGCUUCAGGAAUCCCGAGUUUAUAAUAUGAGUGACAGGCAACAGUUCUGUUAUAAAAAUGUGCUUAUCCCAAAGUGGCAUGAUGUGUGGACACGGAUACAGAUCCGGGUAAAUAGUUCCAAGCUGGUACGUGUCACCCAGGUGGAGAAUGAAGAGAAACUGAAGGAGUUAGAGCAGUUUAGUAUCUGGAACUUUUUUUCCUCCUUUUUAAAAGAGAAAUUGAACGAUACCUAUGUUAACGUGGGUCUAUACAGCACAAAAACCUGCCUCAAAGUUGAGAUUAUAGAGGAAGACACCAAGUACAGUGUCAUUGUGACCCGGAGAUUUGACCCCAAACUCUUCUUCAUUUUCCUGCUUGGACUUGUGCUAUUUUUUUGUGGAGAUUUGUUGAGCAGAAGCCAAAUCUUCUACUAUUCCACUGGGAUGAGUGUGGGAAUUGCGGCCUCUCUGCUAAUCAUCAUUUUCAUACUGUCCAAGUUUAUGCCCAAGAAAAGUCCCAUUUACGUCAUACUGGUGGGAGGCUGGUCCUUUUCUCUGUACCUCAUUCAGCUAGUUUUAAAAAAUUUACAAGAGAUCUGGAGGUGUUACUGGCAGUAUCUUUUAAGCUAUGUCCUCACAGUUGGAUUCAUGAGUUUUGCAGUCUGUUACAAGUAUGGGCCCUUGGAGAAUGAACGAAGUAUCAACCUGCUGACCUGGACCUUGCAGUUGAUGGGCCUAUUUUUCAUGUAUUCCGGUAUCCAGAUACCACACAUUGCCCUUGCCAUUAUCGUCAUUGCACUGUGUACUAAGAACCUGGAGUACCCUAUUCAGUGGCUGUACAUCACCUACAGAAAGAUGUGUAAAGCAACAGAAAAGACUGUCCCCCCUCGUCUCCUGACAGAAGAAGAAUAUCGGAUACAAGGAGAGGUGGAGACCCGAAAGGCUUUAGAGGAGCUUCGAGAAUAUUGUAACAGUCCAGACUGCUCUGCUUGGAAGACUGUCUCUCGAAUCCAGUCUCCAAAGAGAUUUGCUGACUUUGUGGAAGGUUCUUCUCACCUCACACCAAAUGAAGUUUCUGUCCAUGAGCAGGAAUAUGGAUUAGGGAGCAUUAUUGCCCAGGAUGAACUCUAUGAAGAAACAUCCACUGAGGAGGAGGAGGACUCAGAUUCUCGGUACCCCACUGUCACACAGCAGAUCAACUCCUGACUUAGGUGGUGGUCGGUUAUUUUUAUGUGGACUGGCUUGGGACCUCGAUGGUCCAUGUUGUAUGUGUGUGCAGCUGCUUCUCAGCUCUUUGAAACGGGGUGAGAUAGUACAGAAAUUCUCCCACUGAAAUUAGAGGCCUGAGCAGGCCUCCCUCUGGCAAUGGUCCUGGUGGUCUCUGUGGGAUCCCUGAGGAAGGAGAGUGGAUAAAAUAUUGAAUGCUUCCCAAAGCUUCCCAUUGGUUGUGGGCCCACCUUUAUGUUUCAAAAACCAAAAUCAACAAAACAAAACAAAACAAAACCCCAAAAACAACCAAACAAACAAAAAAAAAAACUGGAUGGCCACAGCUAGCACAGCAUUCUAGCUCUUCUUAAAAGUUCAUUUGGUGGUGGCAUUUCUGCCACCAUAGCUGGCACUCAAAAGUGAGAACUAUUAUAUGUGUGCAGUAAUGCUUUCAGAUCACAGGCUGCAUCUUCCAGAGAGAACUCCACGCAUCUGAGCCUCCUUCACUUCUGUUUUUAUUUGUCUCAUUUUUUAAAUGAAUAUAUAUUUUUAAAUGUAACAGAUUCAUGUUCCAGAACCAGCAAGUGCUCCAGAUUGACAAGCCCAUAGGCCCCUAUGUUUAUUAAUAUGGAUUAUCCGUUAAAGCCCCAGAAUUGUUGUGUUGAACUUUGAAUUAGUUCUCACAAUACAAUAUUCUAAGUCAUGCUUGCUCUUGGGAACAUGCCUGUAAACUCUUCUGUAGGGGAGGUCUGCAGGCUUUUUAUUAUAUCCCAACUUUUAAUUGUAUCUUAAAAAGACCUUUGCAUUCUUUUCUUCCCAUUCCUCCUUGCCCCCUUUGCCCUUUCAGGAAGUGUCUAUUUCCUCAACUGUGAAGUAUGUACAAUUUAGAGUUUGUUUCAUUUCUUAUAUUCUCUCCCCCUUGGUUUGUAGCAUUAUUUCUGCUAGUUGGGAGAAGUGAUCAUUUUUAGAGAAUUUAAAUGCUUUUUACAGGUUCUUCAUUUUUCCUGUCAGUGGGACACAUAUCUUUUGAGUUGCUGUGGAACCAAGAAACUUUCCUUUUCCUUUCUCCUCCUUUGUCUGCCCAUUCUGCCUAUUCCUUUCAGCCUUUCCUUAGCCCCUGUACACCCCCCAUCUCCCAAUUUGGCUAAUUUGUAAGCUCUGAAACUUGUCUGUGAAGUUUCCUUGAUACAACAUAUAAAUUGCAGCUAUGUAGCUGCCACAAUUUGCAUUGCCAGGAAACAGACCUCCAGGUAACCUUCAUGCCUCUGGAUGUUCAUUCACCCAUCAGGAUCAGACACAUUUUUCCAUGAACUUAGUAUACUUAUUUGCAGUUCCAUUUCUGGCUAGAGAUUCAUGCUGCCUUUUAUUACAUUGGCAUUAGUUUCACAUUCUUUUGCCAUUGGAAAGUACCCUUAUAAACCAGCAAUGUCAUUUAUGAGGGAACAAAUUCCCAAGUCUCUGUCAUUUGCUUGGUUCUGUCUUUAUGAUCUUCACCCUCGUACCUUGUAAGAAGCUAUAAUUACUCUAGCCAGGAAGCUAGGCACUGAAGUCAGGAGCAUAGCAUCAGACUCACUGUUUACCAUGAUCAUGGAGAAGGCAGAUGAAUUUUUAAAAAGCUGCAAUGACUCCUUCAGACCAGCCACUCAGCAGAUAAUCUUGAAAGACCCUGGGCUCAUUACUGACUUCCAAAAUGUCAGCGCUGAGACUCCCCCCCAGGUGGCCAGUUGACUAUUACCACCAGUGUUUCCCACAGCUUUACACUGUCCUAGAGUGACAACUACCUCAAUUGGCAGCAAAUGUACAUAGAGUAGAAAGUGAAAAAGCAGUAUUUGGGCAGCUGCUGUGGGUUAAAGUUGCAGGGCAAAGGAAUUUUAUAUCAGGAAACCUUUAUGCCUUUGUAAAUUAAGUACAUGGUAAAAUUUUAUUUCUGUGUGAAGAGCUGUUAAGACCUCUGGGAUAUAUUCUUUUUUGCUCUAUUUAUAGAGAUCAAGAUCUAGCAUAUUUGAGCAUAAGUUAAUUUGAAAAAAAUAGUUCAUCAGUACAAGUGGUCUCAGGAUUACCUGGAGACUUUGGUGCCUUCCCUCAAAUAGCUCCUUAAGGAGGUGGUAGCUUGCCUCCAGGGUAACUUUUCCUGGCUCUUUAUUUCAGUGAGAAAGCACUGUGAAGCAGGGAAAGAGUCUCCUCUUUUUCUGUUUAGUUAAACUCCUGUGAAAUAUAGUUUCCAUCUCCAGACCAGUUUUUUCACCGUGUUUGAAUUUGGGGUAAGCUCAAACUCAGUUUAUUACUCCAUGUCUGGUCGUCGGAGAACUGAGCUGUAGGCAGUGGAGGUGACAGCAGAUCCCACAGCAUGAGAGCUGCUCUCAGACAGUGAAGGACGGUGCCCGGUGCCUUUGGCGUGCUGUGUGUCCUUGCCCUGCCUGCCUAUAUGGCUCUGCCCCAGAUGCUUCAGAGCCUCUGUGUGCCUGCAGAUUGUUUGACUCCAUAAACCUUCUCCAGGAACUUCUGUUGUCUCUCUCUUGGCCACUUAGUCUGCUGGCUCAGUCACUACUUGAAGCCCCCAUUUAAUUUUCUCUGGCAGUUGCAGCUCUUGCAAUUCAGCAUAGUCUCAUCUCCCAGACUGAUCUCAUCAAGAAGGAUUGAAGGGAUAACCAUGGAGUGAACUGGACAUUGGAGCCACGUCUGCUGCCGUGUCAGCGUUUUGCUUGCAAAUAUCAAGCUGUAAAUUGGCCCUCUUUAGGGCCAGGGUCUCUUUAGCAUCGGAAAUCUAUCGCCUCUAAUUGGUCUGACCAAGUUAUGUAGAGCAUGACUGCCAUUAAUGGGAAUAUGAAAGCCAGCUGGCCUAAAACAUUUCCCCUUCACUUUCCCUCUCAGAUUGCUUUCUCGAGACCAAUGGAACCAGUCACCAAAAAUGAGGACAGUUUAGCAACUUGGAUGUCUUCUAAUAAGAAAGUCCUAUCAGCCACUUCAUCCCACCAAAACUAGUUUAUUUCCUUUUUUUUUUUUAAUUAAAAAAAAUAUUUCUGUCAGCGCAGAGCCUGUUGUGGGGCUCGAACUCACGAACCACGAGAUCAUGACCUGAGCCGAAACCAAGAGUCAGACGCUUAACCAACUGAGCCACCCAGGUGCCCCAAAGCUAGUUUAUUUCUCCCCCCAAAUUCAUGACUUUUUGUCUGUUACAAAGGGGAUUUUGCUGAUCAUAGUGUUCGGGCCCCAGUGUUCUAUUUUGUGCUGUUACAUCCCAUUCAAAACCUAGCCCUCUCCUUACUGAUGGUGUUCCCUUCAAUCCAAUUCCCACCUGGCACUUAUGUUAGAGAGUUGAUGAAUGAAAGGGCCCAAAUAGGCCAGAUAGUCCUCCCUGGCUCUGACAUCCAUAAAAAGCUUGGGAAUGGAUUAUGCAAUUGCCCUCAAUCUUUUUGUUCCAGAAAAAAAGACGGGCUCAGAUGGAUGCCUGCGUAAAAAUGGUUCUUAGCUGUGUACUCAUAACUUUUCUCUGAAUUGAGUAGUGAAAGUUGAAGUAGGAGGAAAGGAAAUUAAAUGUCCUUCUAGUAUUCCUUUGGACUCAGGUCUGACAUAUGAGAUAAUAACCUAUAUUGAAAUGCCAAGAACUUUAUCUUAACCAAGGAGAGGGCAGUUUGACAGAUUUAUUAUGCCUUCAUGUUACAUAGGCACUGAAACUAAGUAAUAAACACAUAAAAUAGCCAUUUGCACAAGACAAAGGCACCUAAAACCUUUCAUGUUUUGAUGUAGCAGAAAUUGAUUAUAAUUUUUAGAGAAACCUAUGCAAUUAUGGUGAUCCAGUGGUGUCUCUUGGUAACUUAGCUUAUGGUUUCAGUUGCUGUGGAGUUGGAUUCUAGAUGGUCACUACCUUUAAAAGGGUGUUUGGUGCCUUAUGUGUUGGGAGCCAGAGCCUGCCUGAAAUAAAAGUAGACUCAUGUCAACAUCAACACACAGCUUUAGUGGGGGUGGGAAUGGCACACAGCCUCCCCCAAAUUGGGGACUUGGGCUCCCACAUCCCUCCCCAUGUGUGUCAUCUUCCUCUUUACACUCUUGACAGUAACUUGAAAAUGGUGAAAUCAUCUUCUCUGAACUUUCCUAUAGUUGGGCGACAUUCUUAUCAUGUUAACAUAAUAGAUAGCUCAUAAUGUGAGUAUUAGAACUGUUACAGCCUGCAGUUGCCUCAGUUUCCCAUGUUUCUAGAAUUGAUGGUGAAAUAGCAGGGGUAAGGAAUUACUCGGUAAGUUUUAGCCUGUGGGUAAUGCCUUAGUGUUAUUUAAAAGAUUUGUCAUUUAUAUUUAAAAUAAAUGUUCACGAAUGUUUGAAAGGAACAAAAUGAUCAGGGAUGGCUCUUUGCCAUGGGUCUCAUUUUCCCUCUUUUCUGUAAGAAAAAAUAACAGUGUCUUAUUAUAUAUUUUUUCAUUUUUAUUGUACAAGUUUGUAAGUAAUCCAAAUUUUAAUAAAGUUUUAUAGACUAUA